UCUCCUUUUCUGCAGUCUUUUCGGGUUACUUUCGUUUAAUACCGUAAGCAAAAUCUUAUUCUUUUGUUUUUGGUCUUCUUAAAGAUGGAAAAGGGGGAUGUAGUAUUAACUAGGAUCAGAACUAUAUCUGCGACAGUAUCGGAGAAAACCGAGCAUGCUGGUGGCGGUUUCAAUUACUCAAAGCUGAAUCUUCGUAAUACACAUUUAGCGGCAAUCUCUGCUCUUCUGUAUGUCGUCGCCUUCGGUAUGAUCCUAGGGUAUCCAUCUCCGGCAACUGUGGAUAUGAAGAUGAAAGGAAGUAGGUUCAGACAAGUGACCGUUGAUGAAAUUACCUGGAUUGCCAGUGUGUCAUCCCUCAGUGCAGUUGUUGGCAAUUGCAUAUCCGGUUAUGUUUCUCAGAAAUUUGGACGAAAAGCUGUUCUCAUGUACGUAUCUGCACCAUUCGUGGCGGGCUGGCUGAUGAUUGCAUAUGCGCCUUCCAUUGGUUGGAUUUAUGCUGGUCGAUUCAUCUCAGGCUUCUGUUCCGGAAUCAGCACUGUUGCUGUUCCAGCUUAUGUAGUGGAAAUCGCUACAACCGAGACACGCGGACUUUUAUCAUCUGGAUUCCAAGUGGCUCUUUCUUCUGGAGUUUUUAUUAUGAUAUCAAUGGGUAUUUUCCUUAGAUGGUCGUGGCUAGCCAUAGUAGGAGCCGUUUGUGUGACGUGUGGAUCCGUCCUUAUGUGUUUAAUGCCAGAAUCUCCUCCUUGGCUGAUUCGCCAGAAGAAGAACGAUGAAGCCCUUGUAGGUUUGCAAUUUCUAAAGGGAAAGCAUUCUGAUUCAAUGAAGGAGUUACGAGAUAUAUCGCUGGAGCUAUCGCAAGAAGCAACUGGUAGUAUACGUUUGAAAGAUUUCCUCGAGCCUUCUUUGUAUAAGCCAUCCUUGAUCGCUAUCUGUUUUAUGUUUUUCCUGCAGUUCUCGGGAAUAAAUGGCAUCAUGUCAUAUUCCGUUGAGAUUUUCGAAAUUUCAAGGAGUUCCUUAAACUCCAAUGUAGCCGCGACAGUAAUUGCUGCGGUGCAAGUUGGAGGAGCUUUCUUAAGUAGUGCGUUAGUAGAGAGAGCUGGUCGUAAAGUACUAUACAUUGCAUCUGGAAUUGGUAUGACCAUAGCUCUGACAGGUCUGGGUGUUCAAGCUAUAUUGUCGAGCAAGCAAGAGAUAGAUCAAAGUGUAUAUGGUUUAGUACCUCUAAUAAGUUUUGCCGUGUAUAUAGGCUCAUUUUCUUUGGGUUUUGGUCCGAUUCCUUUUGUUGUUACCCCAGAAAUUGUGCCCAUUCGGAGUCGGAGUGUUGUUAUGGCUAUAGCUAAUGUUUCUAAUUCAUUUUUUGGUUUCAUAGUAACAAAACUUUUCGAAGAUAUGAGAUUAGCUUUCGGUAUUUAUGGACUAUAUUGGACAUACGCGCUUAUGUGCAUUUUCGGUUGCGUAUUUUGUUGGUUUUUUGUACCAGAAACAAAAGGAAGAACCCUUGAUGAUAUACAUAAAUCUUUCAGUGCUUCUGUAGAAAUGAAGGAGAAAAAAGAUUUGCCUGAAAACGAGAAGCCUUAUGCAUGAUUUAUCAUUUGUUUUAAAAGGACACGUGAGAGUGAAAUGUAAAUCCAGUUAACUGAACUCUAAAUACUUAGAAUAGCAAGUGUUUUUGCUGUUUUUUCAAUCCACAGCAAUUCAAUUCGUAGCUCGGCUUUCUUGGCAAAACAAACUUUUAAUUUAUUUAUGCUUUUUAAAUAAUGUAAGAGAUUACGGAUCAUUAUGCAUACACUUAAAGAAGCUAUUAAAUUAAUUUUGACCGAUGUGUAUAUUUACGUAGACUAAUCUACCAGGUUUGGCCUAUAAACAUUAAUGCCGAAGAAAUAACAUGCAGUAAAUACGUGCAGUGUUUUUCAAAGUAUGGAUCACAACUCACCAGUUUGGGGAAAUGCUAUACUAUUUGUAAAUACACACAGAGAUAAUUUUCCGUCCCCCAGAAGCAGUUUCUUGGUGUUUGAGGAGAGAAAUGAAGGUCUGGUUUUCGUUUUAUUUUAUAAAUAUGCAAAUUUACUUAUAAUAGGUGAUUUAUGUAUAAAAAUAUAUCAAUUAGUUAUAAUAAUUACAUAUGCCUACUUAUAAUUAGUUACAUAAUACUGUUUUAAAACUUUUAUUUUACAUCUGUACUUUUUUCCGCAUGUCUGUAUGUCGGUCGUAAUAAUCUGUAGCUAUGUGUGCAUGGGUCACGUUGCUAAACAGCAGUAGAAACACUGACUGCUGAGUUUAUGUUUUUUCUAAAACGUACUUUUUAAUCUUAAAAGGACUCCUUUUUCGAAGAUAGUUUAAAUGCACUAAACCCUUAUGGACUGUGUGGCUUACGUCAUGAAUACAUUGUGGGCAUGGCAAAAUCUUAUUCUAUAAAGUUAACUUCCCGUGGAACAAACGUGUUAAGUGUAAUUCAAAUUAAGAAAGUAUUUAUAAUAUAAACAAGCAUAUAUUGUAGAUUAAAGGAGAGAUGAAAAUAAAUGUUAACUGAAAGGAUUUUUGUUACUGUGUGAUAAGUGGGUACAUGAUACAAUUAUUUCUUUUAAAAAAGAUUGUAUGUUUUCGACAAUAACUUACGCAACUCUUUGAAACUUUCGCUGUAAGAAGCGUACAUUUUUCACUGUGAUUAUCACUCAGCUAGUGGGUAAUGCGCCAAACAGGGCUGCCGGAUGCGCAUGUGGAUGGAAGAGAGAAAAAUGUGGCCACAAAGAGAACUUUGGCAUAGCAACGACGGUGUGCAGCGUCCGCGCAUGAAUGAAAUUCUAGCAUUGAAACAAAUUGAAUAGAAACAAUUAAGGCAUUUGUGCAAAAUCACUUUGCGCAAAUCCGCACUCGGCAAGGAUUUACUAUAUAUAGCGAAUUUACUCGUCAUCGGAGAAACAUAAUCAGUCUUCACAGAACUAGAACCAUCGAUUAUUCGUCUUUCCGUUCAAGCUUGGCAGGGACCGUACAUCUAUCUGUCUUGCGUCGCUUCAUCUCACUAUUUAAAUAGGCUCCAAGGUUAAGGUAAUAAUCAUGUAUGAGCUUGAUGCCUUGAUCAGAACCCCUUUCUGGCUUAAUGUAUAGCGAAGUUAAUUUCUUCCAUUAUGGAAUAAGGCUUUUUCCUUAACAACACCAUGUGUAACUGUAGUUAAUUAAUGAAACUACCAAUCAAUCAAUACAGCAAAAAAUACAAAUGAGUAUUUCGAGUACUCGUAAAUAUAAACGAAUUUCGUUAUAUUAUUUUAAUUGGAGGAAAAUGGAUUAGUGCUCCAAGCGAUUAAAAAUUUCGUAUUUUUAACUAUAAAAUCUGUUUAAAUAGUAUGAUAAGCUGAAAAGUUUUAAAAUAAUAAUCCAUCAUUAGCUUAACAUAGGUAUUUUUUCUACUGCGGUAAUAUACAUAUAUAGAUACUUACCGGAUGAGUUGUGGAUCCAUUUCAUUCAGAUUGUUGGAGAUCUGUUGUGUAGUCAUUUUACGUUAUUUAUAAGAAUUUAUAAUUUUAAUAGAUAUGUUUUCUGUUUUUUCUAAUUGUAUUCAUUUGUAAAUAAAUCCUUUCAUUAAGUCU